CAUUCGUGAGCAGAGGCGGGUGUUAAUGUGCCGGGUUUGUUGAUCUUGGUCCACACCAUAGCUUUGAACAGCAGACAGCAGAGAUUAAGCAGGUGGUUACAAAGGCCACAAAGCUGUUCAAAUCAUGCUGUGUUUUAAUGAAGGACUUCUUGGCUGGGAUACUCUGAACACAUGAAAGAGGAAUGGAAAACACGUCUUACACUGAAACUUUCACACUCACUGGGUUUGGGGACAUGGGUAAAACUAAAUAUGUAUAUUUUCUACUAGCCCUUAUUGGGUACCUCUUGAUAAUCUUUGUAAACUUAGUUGUUCUGUUAGUAAUAUUUCUGGAAAGAAGUCUUCAUGAGCCUAUGUAUAUCUUUCUCUGUAGUUUAUCUGUUAACGCCCUUUAUGGAAGUGCUGGUUUCUAUCCUAAACUUCUGGCUGAUCUUCUAUCAGAGACCCAAGUGAUUCCUCGUGCUGGAUGUUUCAUUCAGAUAUUUGUUAUCUAUGGUUAUGCAAUUGCUGAAUUUUCAAUAUUAACAGUGAUGGCAUAUGACAGAUAUGUGGCCAUUUGUAAACCAUUACACUAUAACAAUAUCAUGACAGAUAGAGUUGUUUGUAAAUUACUGGCUGGUGCCUGGCUAUUUCCAUUCUGUUUCAUGAUCCUUCUUAUUUUGUUUUCUUCAAGACUGCCUUUGUGUGGAAACCAAAUUGAAAGACUAUAUUGUUCCAACUGGUCAGUUGUUAAACUAUCUUGUGUACCAACUACUCUAAACAAUGUUGUUGGUUUUGUAAUUACUAUUUGUACAAUUGGUCCACCUCUGUAUUUUAUUGUGUAUUCCUAUGUAAAAAUACUUAUUGUUUGUCAGAAAAGCUCCAAGGAAUUCAGAAGCAAAGCACUACAAACAUGUCUCCCACAUUUAACAACAUUUAUCAGCUAUUCAAUAACAGGUUUUUGUGAAAUAGCUCUUAGUCGAUUAGACUCAAAGGAUAUGCCCCAAAUUGUUGCUGCCAUCCUGUCACUGGAGUUUCUAAUCAUUCCUCCCCUUCUUAAUCCUCUCUUGUAUGGUUUUCAAUUGCCUGAGGUACGGAAAAGGAUGAUAAAUAUACUCCGAAGAAAGCAAAUUAUACCAAUAUUAGACAGCUCACACGCUGCCAAAUACUAACUGUUAUGUAUUAUGUACUUUCUUAUUCAGAUUAUGUUUGUGUACUUUUAUACUAAAUAACAAAAGUCUUUCAGUUUGUGCAUAUGCACGACUGCAAAUGGUAUUUUCAUCUUUCAAAGAAAAAAAAACUCACAAGAGUAUAAUUUAUUUAAAGGUGUAUUUG